AUGGGCAAGCGAAAGCGCACGCAGGAUCCCUCAAAGCCGUCCACGGCACCUGUGUCUUUACUACCACAAAAAAAACACUACCGUCAACGAGCUCACGCGAACCCGUUUUCCGACCACGCGCUUGACUAUCCUCCGGCGCCUCAAGACGUCGACUGGGCAUCACAUUAUCCCGCCUUCGCCGGCUCUGGCAAGACUCCUGCAUUUGCCGAUGUCGGAUGCGGCUUUGGUGGUCUUCUUGUAGCGCUCGCUCCCCAGUUCCCGGAUGAGCUCAUACUGGGUUUGGAGAUCCGUGUGCAGGUCUCGCAAUAUGUUCAAGAUCGCAUAGCCGCUCUGCGAACUCUCCAUGCCGAUCCUACAACUACACCGCCGGAGGCCGCUUCCACCACUGAAACAGCACAAAAGCCCGCAACUCUCGCACCAGGCGGGUACCGCAACAUCAGCGUCGUGCGGGCCAACGCCAUGAAGUUCUUGCCGAACUACUUCCCCCGCGCUUCCCUUCGUGGCGUAUUCUUCCUCUUCCCCGAUCCGCACUUCAAGCAACGCAAACACAAAGCACGCAUUAUCUCCCCAACACUGCUCGCCGAAUACGCAUAUGUUCUACGACCUGGAGGUGUCCUGUACACCAUCACGGACGUGAAGGACUUGGCGGACUGGAUGCGGGGACAUCUAACUGCCCAUCCACUGUUCGAGUAUGUGGAAGAGGAGAAGCUAAGGGAGGACGGGCACGGGCCUGUGUUGGAUGCUGUAAGAGAGGCGACGGAGGAGGGCAAAAAAGUUGCCAGGAAUGGAGGCGACAAGUGGUUGGCUUGUUUCCGACGCAUCGAGGUUCCGCGCAUUGAGCCUCCACCCACUCCUCAACCGGCAUGA